AUGGCCCAGCAAUCCGUAUUUCCCAUGGGAGCCUGCUGCUCUGCCCCGGCCGGAUCCUCGGAACCCCCACAGCGACCGAAUGAUCCCAAUUCCUCCUCCCAUGCCAUAAACACCACGCAACCUGUCAAUGCCUCACAUGGCAUGCUGGCUACUCGAUCGUCGACGAAUGCCUCGAAUCACAGCCCGCCCACAGCCACGUGCCAUGAUCAUGGAUCUGGUCGUCAUGCCAAUGGUCUGAAACCGCUCGUCUGGGAGAGCAAGAACCGUACAUGGACUCGAAGCCAAAUUGACGAGGAACGCAUUGCUUUCUUCGAUACCCGGGUUACUGGUAAAGACCAAUUAUGGCAGGUACUACGGGCAGCUCUCGAAAUACUGUGGAGUGAGGGAGGCCCAGAGGAUACAGACGGAGGGCUGGCGACCGCAUCAUCCAUGUUGGACGCGGCUGGAUUCGUUCACACCAAUGGCCAGCUGAGCCCAGUAGUUUGGGAUUUCAACGGCGAACGUUAUGAAAUCCCUCCGGAAAUCGUAUCCUAUCCAACUAAUCUUGUAGAUGAGAGCGGAGACAUCACCGACGAGAGCGAAGAUGAACUUCGGCAAGAGAAGGGUAAGGCGGUGCUCGAUCCCAAUGAUGAGAUCAAAGUCAAUGUGAAGCUCAGUAAUCGUGGCGAGGUACCACUCAUGAUCACCAUUCUCAAGCAAGAUCCCGUGCGACUGGUGACCAAGACAAUACUCGAGAAAGCACAACUUCCUCCGACAACGAAUCUCAAGAUCAUCUACCUGGGCAGGCAUUUGAAGGAUGAGAAGAAGACGCUGAUGGCUCACGGGUGGAACGGAACGUACCCUCUUCAGGCGAUGAUCGUGGGCUCUAUCCCGGCCGCGCCCGAGGAGAUCGGAGCUUGA